ACAUCGCCCCCUCGUCAGUCAAAUAGUGGGAGAGGGAAGAAACUAUUAGUAUUUUUUCCCGGGGUUUUUCAACAUUACAGCCUACAAAAUAAUAUUAUAAAACACUAGCUACAUGCGGUGUAUCCAUGUAUACUGGCAUCGUCAUAUUUAGUGGAGAAACUUUGCUGGUGAAUGAUUUUAGUGAUGAUUACAAACCAUGGCCACACCCCUGGCCUGUAGUCAUCUUUCACCCCAAACACCUGUCUGCCGAGCCGAGGAGCAAAGGAUUGUUUUAGAAGCAAUUUGGAAGAAAUGCCCGCAUGAGCAUAGUCCAAGAAGGUGAACGAAAAAAGCUAUAGGCCUAUGUGAUUUUGAUGUAUUGGCUUUUAUUUUAUUUUUAUUCGACGUACGUUAGUGGACAGCUUGGACAGCAUCACCGGCCGGGCAGAACACGGCUAGCUAGCUGAACACUUUUUUUAGCGCUAGCUAGCUCGCUAAAUAUGAUGGACUGACAGAGGGGUUUUGAAUCAAAACUGACUUGAAGAGACUUGAGAGCCUGUAAGACAUAUACUGCGGUACAAAACGUAGCAUAUCCCACAAUAGCUACUGGUGCGUAGUGUCGUCUUUUGGCGACCAACUAAUCCAGUUAGUUACAGUAGCUAACUAACGUCGUUAGCCGAGACAACCGAGCAGCAAGUGUGUUUUACACCGUACACGACACCUUCAUUCUGGGACUGUCGGAUCACCCUUAAUGCUGGGACUUUACCUCCCUCUCCUGAUUCUCUGACUUUCAAACGUCACGUCUCCCCCUUUCUCUCUCGCCCCCCCCCCUUUCUUUCCCUUCUUCCUGUGAGUGAGCGGUCAUGACGGCCAACAAGCCCAAGGGGCAGAACUCUCUGGCCCUCCACAAGGUGAUCAUGGUGGGGAGCGGAGGAGUGGGCAAGUCAGCCCUCACCCUACAGUUCAUGUACGACGAGUUUGUGGAGGACUACGAGCCCACCAAGGCAGACAGCUACAGGAAGAAGGUGGUGCUGGACGGAGAGGAGGUGCAGAUCGACAUCCUGGACACAGCGGGCCAGGAGGACUACGCCGCCAUCCGAGACAACUACUUCCGCAGCGGUGAGGGCUUCCUCUGCGUCUUCUCCAUCACCGAGGCCGAGUCGUUCGCCGCCACCGCUGACUUCAGAGAACAGAUCCUGCGAGUGAAGGAGGAUGAGAAUGUUCCCUUCCUCCUGGUGGGUAAUAAGUCAGACCUGGAGGAGCGGAGGCAGGUGAGCGGCGAGGAGGCCAAGGCCCGGGCCGAGCAGUGGGGCGUCAGCUACGUGGAGACCUCCGCCAAGACUCGGGCCAAUGUUGACAAGGUCUUUUUUGACCUGAUGCGUGAGAUCAGAGCCAGAAAAAUGGAGGACGGCAAGGAGAAGAACGGAAAGAAGAAGAGGAAGAGCCUGGCUAAGCGGAUCAGAGAGCGAUGCUGUGUUUUAUAGUGGCUUCCCGGCCGAGUCCUCCUCCUCCUCCUCCACCCUGCCGAGUCCUCUUCCUCCUCCUCCACCCUGCCGAGUCCUCCUCCUC